AUGGCGGCCGCCGGGCUGUGGCACAGACUGGGAAGGCUCCCUGAGAUGGUGCCCGCGCUGGGGCGUUGGCCCCGGGCCUACAGCACGCCCCUUGCCCUCGCUGAAGUGCUGAAGCUGCCACAGAAACGGCUAACGAAGGUAGUGUACCCUCUGCGGGAGCUGGAGCGGCACCUCGUCGCGGACGCCGCUCCAGGCCUUAUCGAACAGAGACUCUUCGACCCGAGCCUGGACGACCUCGCGAGGGCCGAGAGCGUGUUCGCGGCCACGGCCCGGAACCGCAUCGAGUACCUCAGCUCCGCGGUCCGCCUAGACCACGCCCCGAGCCUGCAGCAGUCGGAGGUGUGUUUCAUUGGCCGAAGCAAUGUUGGAAAAUCCUCCUUGAUAAAGGCCUUAUUUUCCCAGGCCCCUGAUGUAGAAGUCAGGAUCUCAAAGAAACCGGGACACACAAAGAAAAUGAAUUUUUUCAAAGUUGGAAAAUAUUUUACGUUGGUGGACAUGCCAGGGUAUGGCUAUAGAGCACCCGAAGACUUUGUUGACAUGGUAGAGGCCUAUCUAAAGGAACGAAAGAAUUUGAAGAGAACAUUUUUACUAGUGGAUAGUGUUGUUGGAAUUACAGAGGUAGACAAAAUUGCCAUAGAAAUGUGUGAAGAAUUUGCAUUGCCUUAUGUGAUGAUAUUAACAAAAAUUGACAAAUCUUCCAAGGGCUAUCUUUUCAAACAAGUGCUUCAGAUCCAGAAAUUUGUUAACACGCAAACACAAGGCUGUUUUCCUCAGUUGUUUCCUGUAAGUGCAGUGACCUACUCUGGAAUACAUCUGUUGAAAUGCUUUAUAGCAGAUAUAACAGGAAGUCUUAAGUAAAUGCUCCCAGAAAAGAUAAAGUUUCAAAGUUCUUCAUGUCAAUUGGAGUUAAACACCUAGAAGAAUUCCAAUAUUGUUUUAAAUAUUGUGAAUUUCAAUGAAGGAAGUUCAGCUUAAAACCUGGAUUAUCGUGAAGAAUGAAUUUGUUGGGUGUGAGGGUUAUAAAUAAUUAAAUCAUAUUGAUCAUUAGGACAUGCUAACUGGCUUUCCUCUUUUAACAAACUGACAAGUCCAACAACAGAAAUCUGUGAAGUAAGACCCUCCUACCAUGUAAACAGGUUUGAUAAAUUGGGUUUUUCUCU